GCGCGGGGGAGAGGUCGGUGCCGCUUGUGCGCAGGCGCGGGGCCGGUGCUGCUUGAGCCGAGGCCGAGGCCGGGCCGGUCCUGGCUGGUCCUGGCGCGGGAUGUACUACAAGUUCAGCGGCUUCAGCCAGCGGCUGGCGGGGGCCUGGGCUUCGGCCGCCUACAGCCCCCAGGGACUGCGACCCUUGGACCCCGCCGGACCACCGGCCAUCACCUACGCUGGCCCGACCAAGUUCACCCCAGAGGCCACCGGCCAUGACUUUGCCGCCCAAAACCGGGUCCCCGAGCUUCAGAAGUUCUUCCAGAAAGCCGACGGCCGGCCUGUCUACCUGAAACGGGGUCUCCCCGACCAGAUGCUCUACCGGACCACGAUGGCCCUGACCGUGGGCGGGACCAUCUACUGCCUGGUUGCCCUGUAUAUGGCUUCCCAACCCCGGAACAAGUGAGGUCGCGGUGGGAGCUGCGGACCGGGACCGUUGGAGUUGAGCUUGCUGGCCUGGCGCAGACUUGGCGGCGAUGACGCAGGGGAGGACGUUUCUGAGGGAGACACUUCUGCUGAUUCUGAAAGGGGGCCGAGUCGGCCUCCAGGCCAGCAGGAGUUGCUGCCGGAUCAGUCUAUCACGGGGGAAGGGGGAGGAUAACCAGAAUGGACAUCCCAGGGGUCUCCCAGUGACCGGUCCUCCCGGGUGUCUGGCCUGUCAGCCGCUGUUUCUCUGCGGUGGCCGACCUGGAAGCGGAAGCGCUCCGGGACCUGGUCCCUGCCUGCCGCACCCAGGCCCGGGUAAGAAGCUGCAAUAAAUUGUCAUCCACCGAGGUUCUAACAGUGAUAAA